AUGGUCGAAAGAGAGCGCAUAGACACUGGUGGCAUGCCCAAUGGGCGCUGCAUGCUGCGCGCUAUCUUCAAGCAUUUUCAGCUGGAGCAUGACCGUAUAGGUAUGCUAGGCGAACGCAACCUCCUCAACAUUAGGCUUGCCGGGGAUGGUCCGCAUCAUCUUGAAGCAUUUCGCGACAAGUAUCAGUAUGUACUUGCCACCAUUCCCGUAGAUGAGCUUCCCAAAGAAAGCACAAUGUUCAAUCAUCUCAUAGAUGAGCUUGAUAAGAACAACGCGCUCAAGCCCAAAAUUGAGAAAGCUCGGGAAGCUAGGCCGGGGUCACACAGGAGAACCUGCAAGUGGCUGUGGAAUCGGGUCGACAUCGUUCUCGAGUUGCACCAGCAAAAGGUCAACAGGAACGAGUUCGAUAAGAACCUUCAGGGCAAACCCGAGGUUUUGACGUCGACGUCAAAGGGUCAGGACGCCAGGACUCCUGCGAAUCCUGCCCCUCCGACCACACCGGCUGCUCCAGCCAAGCUUGAUGGAAAGCCCAAAAAGGAAAAGAAGAAGAAGAAGAAGAAGAAGAAGGCAAAGGGCAGCGAGGAAGUCCCGGCAAACCCUGCUGCUACUCCCAAAGGUGGCAAGGGCAAGGGCAAUGGCACCCCACGCAACGGCACCCCUAGGGGUACUCGCGGCGGUGGGAACAAGGGCGGCGAUGGGAACACCACACCUAGGUCCGAACAGGUCCGCCGUGAAGGCGAAGACCCCAUGCAUGUUUUAUGCGUAUGGUGCGUGCAAGGGCGGUCCGUGCCCCUUCCUCCAUGA